UGACGUCAUCGUUAGUGCUGCUGGCAGAACACUAGUGCGGCAUUGAAUGUAUAUGUCCUGUUUUGAUUGUACAGUAGAUCAGAAGAAGUAGUGCUCAAAUACGAUCCUUUACUUUGUUGACCAGAUCUGCCCGGGCUGUGGACGAAAACAAUGGCACUAAUCUCCCUCGAGGAUCUCGACGGAUUGGAGGAUGAAGAACUGGACAAUGACAUCACUGACAACCCUGAUCCAAUGGAGGACGACGAGCAGCAGAGGCUGUACACCCAUUGGCAGGCGAUCGCCAGCACACACCAGGUGUCCGUCCCCCGAGAAAUGACAGGACCAAUUCAAGAGCUUACUCGACGGAACCAAACCCAAGAAAGAGAGCAGGUCCCCUUUACCUCCGUCUCUCUGCAUGAAAAGCUGGGCGAGGUGCUGUUUGAGGAGCGGGUGUACCCUGCAGGGAAGUGGGCGUGCAUCACUAAAGGGGAGAAGCUGUACGAGCAGAGCAUCUCCAUGGGCUUCAUGAAACUCAUGAAAUUCAUCUGCAAGGAGAACUCUGUUGGACGCUAUUUGGGAAUGACUGUACCCAUUGUGAACAGUAUCCAAAUGCUGGAGGACGGCAAUGGCUUUCAGAAAGACAUCUUGACUGCAUACUACCUGCCUGCUGAGUUCCAGGCCAACCCGCCCCAGCCGACUGACCUAGACAUCACCAUACUCCAUAGGGAGGCUUUACGAGUCAUCACCAGGACUUUCUUUGGCACCACCACGGAGGAGACAAUCAUGCCUCAGAUUAACCUGCUGUGGGAGAUGCUGGGCCCCAGCGAGGAGAUGCAUCGCUACUCCUACAUGGUGGCUGUCUACGACAACCCUGGGGUGUCCUGUCGCAGGAACGAGAUCUGGUUCAUCCGACGAGACCCCUAAAUCUCUUAUAACAUCCACCUGUCCCCUCCUGUAUCACCCUGACACCCCCCUAUCCCCCCCCCCCCUCUGUGCCUCUAGGGUCGUGUUCAUUUGCCGUUUAAUGGAAUAAAAGGGACAAACAGGGAGGGACUACCUGGACUUGGUCCAAUAAGCAACACUCAUUUUCAGUUUCCAGUGCAAAAUGUUUUUAAAAAAUGUUUGUUUUUGUUUUUGCGUGCCCUAAUCAACACAACCCAGAUGAUUCCUGUCAUGGGGAUAGAGUAUGGAUUAAAAUGGGAGGAAUGGCUCUUGGGUUGGUUUUAGAGGUAAACAUGACAAGAUUACUUUAAAGAUGGUAUUAGGUAGACAGUAUGGCAGGAAAAUACUUAUUUAACAUUCACUGAGAUGGUAUGCGUUUCUAUGCUCUAGGGGAGCACAAGAAAAUACUAACUUCAGUGGCAUUUAUACCAUGUACACAACCAAAAAAUACAAGUAUAUUGUAUCUCUGUGAAAAACUGUCUGGGCAUUACAAGAGUUAAAACAUGAUGGAAAUAUAAGAGUUAUCUUUAUUUUUCUUGCUUUUUAUGUUAAAAAAAAUUAUAUAAUCUAAUCAUUGCAAACUGGUGUCACAUAAUGUCACACUCCGUUUUACAUUUGAGUAAUUUAGCAGACACUCUUAUCCAGAGCGAUUUAUAGCAGUGAGUGCACGCUUUUUAAUACUUUUUUUCUUAAUGAUGUUGAUACUAUAAUGUUUUUUUGAAUGUCUUAUAGGUCUGUACCUUACUAGAAAUAUGUUGUAUUUGCAGUUGACUAGAGUAGGCAUCCAGGUUUAACCUAUUGUUAUCCAUAGGUAAUUCUGACACAACUUUGUCAUUCAAAGUUACUUGCUAUGAUAUGUGGGUGUUCUCGUACUCUUAACUGUCAUUAAGUUUUAUCCUUCUAGUGAAUUUUGCCCACACUUUGCUACUUUACCUACAUUUUGAGGCUGGUGUAGGGAUUUUGGGUAUACGUGUCCUAAUAAGUAAAUGACUAUCCCCCUUCCCCCAGCCACAAAAUGAUUGACAGAUUGGUAAUUUGUUACCUUCAGUUGCCACUAGGUGUCAACCAAACAGUAACGUUUGUAUUAUGUUUUUUGUCUGUUUAUUUGCUUAUUGGUGAAUAGCGAAUAUCUCACAAAUGAAUAGAUUGGUUUUGGUGAGGUUAGUUGUAAAUGGAGCUGAGACUGGGACCAGGCUCUUUAGGUUUUGAGGAAGGUUCAAGCUUUUUGAAGAUUCAUAGCUAUAGUUAAUGAUGGUUGGGGAAUGGAAGUUUAAUUUAAGUGACUUAUGAACCUGUCUGUUCAGCAUGGCCAAAUGAUGUGCUCUUACUGUGCUUGCCUCUUUUUUGAAAUAUAUUUCCCAGAAUAAGUGUGUAUUUGUUUGUAUUCUCCAGUAAUUAGUACGGUAUACAUUUGAUAUGUUAAAAUUGUACCCGGCUUCUCUUUUGUGACCUUGUAUUUCUAUGCUGUUUUCAACUGUUUUCAAUGCAUACAUUUCAACAUUUCAGUGUGAAUUGUAGUGGGUUGCUUCAAUUUAAAGCUGCAAUAUAUAACUUUUUGGGCAACCUGGCCAAAUUCAAAUAGAAUUGUGAGGAGUUAUAGAUCAUUCAUUCUCAUUGAAAGCAAGUCUAAGAUGUAGUAGAUCUGUUCUAUGUGUGUUAUUUCUAUGCUUCUGUUCAUAAGUUUUGUUUUUACCUCUUUUACUUUCUGUUUUGUACAAUAACUUCAAACAACUGAAAAUACUAUAUUUUUGGUUAUGAAAAUAUAUUUCACAGCAGUUUAGAUGGUACAAUGAUCCCUCUACACUAUUUUUGCUUGUUUUGUUACAAACCAACAUUUGGAAUUUUAGCAAACAGAGAGAUUUCUUUAUAGUGCAUCUUUAAACUACUUAAAAGAUUGCCAGUGUAGGUUAAUGGAGAUUUGAUAUACAUUUACACUUAAAAACGUACCGUGCCUUCAGAAAGUAUUCACACCCCAUUUACUUUUUCCCCAUUUUGUUGUGUUACAGCCUGCAUUUAAAAUGUAUUCAAUUUAGAUGUUGUGUCACUGAUCUACACACAAUACUGCAUAAUGUCAAAGUGGAUCUUUUAUUUUUUUU